UCAAAGUAACGGGUAUGACAUUGUUAUGAUGUUGCUUUUUCUACGUGGGGUAGAAAUAAAUUUGACUGUCAGGACUGAUGUCUAUUUUUAACCUGGUCAUUGAUUACGUCAUUGCCCACGGUGCAUUUGAGGAUGCAUUCUCAUUCAAGCACGCAUCUGCCGCCUUGCAGGGGCUUCUUCUUGGCUUCAUUGCUGAUGUCACCUCGAUCAGCUGCUCCGACAUAAGCACAAAGACAGAAAUAAGUCAAGAGACGCUAGUGAAAGCGGCUGAAAGGCGGGACUUCCUUCCGGCUGUGACCAGAGUUCAGGCUGUUUAUCUCGGUGCGCAGACACCCAGGCCAGCCGAGGCCAGCCGACGCCAGCCCAGUGCGGGAUCAGAUAGAAAAGCUUCCUCUCCUCUCCACACAAUGCUGGUCCAACUGCUGCGCCUCCUGUGCGCCCUCCUUCCGCCACUCCUUUCCCUCCAGCGCCCAGCAGAACGCCCGAAGCUGCUCCUGGUGUCCUUUGAUGGCUUCCGUUGGGACUACGUGGACCGUGUCCCCACACCAAACUUCCACCUUCUGAUGCAGGAGGGUGUGACUGCGGAGCAGGUGGAGAACGUGUACAUCACCAAGACGCUCCCCAACCACUACAGCCUGGUGACGGGCCUCUACGCCGAGACGCACGGCAUCGUGGGAAACGAUAUGUAUGACCCGGUUCUCAACCGCUCCUUUUCCAUGGACACGGACAGCAUGUACGACCCUCUGUGGUGGGAGCAGGCCAUUCCCCUCUGGGUCACCAUCCAGACCUCUGGAAGGCGGAGCGGCGCCGCCAUGUGGCCUGGAUCUGACGUGAAGAUCCACGGUAUGUUCCCAACACGCUACCUUCCGUACAAUUUGUCCGUUCCAUUCGAGACCCGCGUGGAACACAUCAUCCGGUGGUUCUCGGCACCCGAAGAGGAGGUGGUGGAUUUUGCCGUUUUGUACUGGGAGGAGCCAGACGAGAGCGGACACAACUUUGGACCUGAGAGCUCUCUCAUGGACGCCGUCAUUGCCGACGUGGAUGAGAAACUGGGCUUCCUGAGGAAGGAGAUGAAGAAGGCGGGGCUUUACGAGAGAGUCAACCUGAUCGUGACCAGUGACCACGGCAUGACGCAACUUUUUGCUGACAAGAUCAUAGAACUGGACGAGUAUGUAAGCCGAGACCUGUACACGUGGGUGGACAAGAGUCCAGUGGUGGGAAUACUGCCCAAAGAAGGGAAGCUGGACGAGGUGUACAACAAGCUGGCAGACGCCAACCCCUACAUGGCCGUCUACCGGAAGGAGGACAUUCCCAAGCGCCUCCACUACCGCCACAACGUCAGGAUCAUGCCCAUACUCUUGGAGGCCACGGAGGGAUGGACCAUCGUGCAGAACAGGAGCACGCCGCUCAUGCAGGGAAACCACGGCUAUGACAACACCCUACGUAGCAUGCAGCCCAUCUUCCUGGCACGUGGCCCCGCCUUCCGCCAGGACUAUGUCAAGACCUCUAUGUGCUCCGUCGACCUUUACCCCCUCAUGUGCCACAUCCUGUCCGUUAAGCCUUGCCCCAACAACGGCUCCCUCGCACACGUUCAGGAUCUCCUGCGGCCGGAGCCCACCACAUCCACGCCCAGUGUCGUACCCGGGACACAGGGCGAGCGCUCCUACUCCCCCGUGGUGGGUUCCCUCCUGGGCGCGGUGCUGGUGCUGGGCUUCCUGGUGGUCUUUGUCCAGCAGGUGACACACAAACAGCUGCCUCUGCCGAAGCAUGGAAGCAGGGAGAUGUCUCAGCCUUUACUGCAAGAGGACUUGCACCUGUAGCUGCUCAUCAUCAUCAUCCAUCUGGGUACAGGAUGGGACGUGCUGGACAGAGACGCCUUGUGGAGGUCCGAGCAAGUGUGAGUCAAGUGUGACAUAGACCUUUUAGUGGCUUUGCUUUGUUUGUCAGCGUCAACAUCAUCAUGUUUGUGGUUAGCUUCAAAUCACAGCUGGGAGCCAAGCAACAUUUACACCGCUAGUUCUCAACUGCUUUGGCUGGGAGACUUUUUUCAACUGAAAUAUCUAAUAUUUCAUGAAAAGACAUCCAUUUUCUAUGUUGCUUAAUGCUGGAGCCUAUCCCAGCUGUCUUUGGGUGGGAGGCGGGGUCCACCCUGGACUGGUGGCCAGCCAAUCCCAGGGCACAUAUGUAUAGACAAACAACCAUUCACACCCACAUUCAUACCUAUGGACAAUUUAGGCAAAAGCUAACACCCAGGUAAAGACCUGCCACCCACUUUUGGGUCACAGCCCACCAGUUGAGACUCACUCGUGUACUGGUUUAUGAGACGCUGUUGUCAGUGCAACGCAACAGCAGCACUGUUGUUAGGCUGGCCUGGCAUGGCAGCUCCAGUCUUUUCAUGCUUCUUCUGAUGGGCUGCUCAUGCUGCCAUUUAGACAGGAAUAGAACUAUAUUUUACGCAAGUGGCAGUAUUCUUUUAGGCAAGUUGUGUGCCGUCAUUGGUCAGGCAUUGGGAUGGGGUCCGUGGAGCUUCUUGAAUAUCAAUGUCGCUUCUCCGUGUCAUGUCUUUCUGCGUGUUGGCCGCUCCUUUUGCCAUAUUUCUACGUAGCUGAUUGUUUUUCCAUGUGGUCAUGGCCAUGACGUUUGCUGGUGAAACGUGUGGUGACGUUAUUGUCAGUAUUUUCCUGUUUGGACUCUUUCGGUGUGGCUUCUCUGACUCUUUGAGAGUCGGAACUGUUCCUGCGAUUUGCACUACAUGACCAACAGGGGGCAGCAGUGGGGUGCUGGGGAGGGAGGGUGUUACUUUGCAUAACAUAAAGUAAGGUGCCUCUUGCCAAAACACUUUUAAAUCAGUCGCUGAGCCUCCCCAAAUAUGCCAACACUGUGAUUGUUUUGAAAUUCCUCACAUUUCUCUGGAAAUUGUUCAUUUUGAAAUGGUUUCUUGAGUGAAACUAGUUUCUUGCUGUCAUCUGUCAGCAAGACACUUUAGUAUUCAAUCCACAAAUAUUUGAAUGAUUUGUGAAAAGAAUUAAUGUCCAAUCACUUGUCAUUAUCUUAAUGAGGAAUCUUGAAUUUGGUGUGAAGAUGAGCAACCUUUGCCAUGUUACUGAUUCAGAAAUAAAGGGACUUGAAAUAAAGUUGGCAUUUUCUUUUGGGUUUUCUGUAUGUAUUUGCUCUAAGUAGAUGUCCGAAAACAAGCUCAUCACGUAUUUGCAAAUCUGCCUUGACAAAAUAAUCAUGCUCAGUUUUUUCUACUUUUUCUACUGAAAAGAAACAUACCAUAUUUUGCAUGGUUUGGCCGGGUCUGUGACUUAUACACCAUAUAAUAGGCCGGAAAAUACGGUAGUUUGUUGGUUGUAGUUUGCUUCCCUCAAAGUAUUUAGCUUUACGUUACGACUGUGAAUAAAAAUAUGGAAGAAAUAAAUCAACACUAUGAUAUAUACUGUAUUUAUACCCACGCAAAAAUAGAACAAUGAACUUUGUAAAGGCAGAUUAUUUAUGGUUAAUGUGGUGGCCAUCAACAAACUAAAUCAUUCAGCCCUGGAAUUUUCCCCUGGAGCCAUAGAAGCCGUUUUCUGACAGAUUGUAUUCAAUGGCGCCUAGAAGGACAAAUUGAAAGAGACAACUCUCAUCCUCUAUUCUAUGCUGUAUUUUGACCCUUUUUCUUUCUCUUAGU